AUGUACUGCGGUGUCCAGGUGAUAUCUAGUGGCCAGACAGAGAUUUGUUCCCAGAGUGACCUAAUCCCAAAGAACUUUAUUGACCAGAAACCAAAACCUGCUCUUGAAGUCCACACAUUUCUUGUGAUCCUGUCCUCUCAUUUGAACAUGGAGCAGUGGGAGGAAAGCUGCAAGACUGGAAAGGAUGCAGACCCUGCUGUGGAUGAAGACCUCAGCAAAUCCAUCCUGGCACACCAGUUCCACCCUUCUGUCAUUGGGCCGGAGGCAUGGGAAGGCUACAGCUUCUCUGGCCUGGAGAUCCGAAUUAAAGAAUCCACAGACCUCUACGGAGCUGUACUCUGGCCCUCGGCUGUGGUGUUGUGUCACUUCCUGGAGACCAAUCGUGACAAGUACAACCUGAUGGACAAGAAUGUGAUAGAACUUGGCGCAGGAACUGGUCUCGUCUCUAUCGUUUCAAGUCUUUUAGGUGCAAAGGUCACCUCCACAGACAUCCCGGAUGUGCUGGGGAACCUCCAGUACAAUGUCACAUGCAACACAAAAGGCCGAUGCAAAUACACCCCUGUGGUUACAGAGCUAGUCUGGGGCCCAGAGGUGGAGCAGAGGUUCCCACAAAGUUCACACAAUUUCGACUACAUCCUGGCUGCAGACGUGGUCUACGCUCACCCCUACCUGGACCAGCUGUUGGAUACGUUCAAGCACCUCUGCCAGGUGAACACUCAGAUCCUGUGGACCAUGCGUUUCCGCCUUGAGCCAGAGAACAGCUUUGUGGAUCGCUUCAGCGAGCACUUCCACUUGGAGGAAGUGUAUGACCUCCCCAGUCUGAGCAUUAAACUGUACCGAGCCUGGAGGAAGGACAAGAGAACCAAGGAUCAAGAAGAAUCUUCUGUGUAAUCUUUUUUUUUACGUUUUUUUUUUUUUUUACAAUGUGUCUUUCUGAGCCUUUUUACACUUUUGUCCUAUCACACUACUUAAUCAUGGCUGAGAGUUCAUUGUUAGUGGUUUAUUUAUUCUUCAUCACAUUUAAUGAUAUCAUUGCCACUUCUUAACACGUUUAAGUUUAAAAAAAAUACUAAAUAUUAAAAAUUGACACUGAAUUCUAUCGGCACGGUGGACGACUGAUUCGAGCGUCUGUCUCACAGUUGUGAGGACUGGAGUUCAAAUCCAGUCUUGCCUGUGUGGAGUUUGCAUGUUCUCCCUGUGCCUGCGUGGGUUUUCUCCGCGCACUCCGGUUUCCUCCCACAUCCCAAAAACAUGCAACAUUAAUUGGGCUCGCUAAACACUCUAGGUGUGAUUGUUGUCUGUCUUCAUGUGCCCUGUGAUUGGCUGGCAACCAGUUCAGGGUUAGGGUUAGCCAGCUGUCAAGAGAGGCUCUUGCUCUCUUGAUAGCUGGGAUAGGCUCCGGCACUCCCGCAACCCCUGUGGGGAUAAGCAGCUCAGAAAUUGGAUGGAGAUUGAAUUCUAGUGAGAUCCUAUCCAGUCAAAUUCCUUGA